UAGCAAGCACUCUACCACGGGUCUACACCCCAGCCCUGUAUUUUGUUUCUUAAAGGCGAGCGCCCUCUUCUGGUUCGUGGAAGAACAGCUGGAUUCCUGAGAAGCAGCGGCUCAGGAAAGGCUGCGGGAUUUACGGAGUGGACCCGUCGGGUGAAGCGCGGACCGGUGUGGACUGAACCCUUCACGGAAGGACAACAGAGUGGACGGACCCCUUCACGGAAAGACCCAGUGCGGACCGACGCCUUCAGGGAAGGACCCGGUGCGGACCGACGCCUUUACGGCAGGACCCGGUGCGGACCGACGCCUUCAGGGAAGGACCCGGUGCGGGCCCCCAGCUUCACGGACUCCCGCGCUCCGCCAGGACUGGCAGAAGUUGACGGCGGGGCCCGCGGCGCGAGCAGCCAAUCAAAGCCCCGGCCGCGCGCAAGGGACGCCGGGCAGCCGCCGCUCCCCGCGAUGUCAGGUGUAUGUGGUGAGUGCGCCCGUGCCCUGCAGUCCCCGCGGAGGACAGGGAAGGCGUCGGAUCCCCGGGAACUGGAGUUAUGGCAGUUGUGAGCCGCCAUGUGGGUGUCGGAACUCGAACCCGGGUCCUCUCAACAGGGCCCUUAACUACUGAGCCAGUUCUGCAGCCUCCUGUCGCCCUCUCCCGGGGCAAGGGAAGCCGGGCACGUGACCGGAAGUGAAGUACAGAGGAUUUUUAGAGCGGAGGCCCGCAGGUCCCGGCAGACUCCAUCCCGUUGGGACGAGACCCAGAAUUCCGCGGCUUCGAGAAGGCUGAGUACACCGCGACCGCCCGGACCGGACGUCCGCCGCGCGAACUGCCCCGAAAGCCCGGCUCGUCGGAGGGUCGGGAAGCCUGCGGGAGGCAGAAGGAACCACCUCGCUAUGACCCCACCCCGGGGGACCGGUCCCGCCUCUCUGCGCUUCGCUGCAGCCGCCAGCUGGCAGGUGGUUCGCCGGCGCUGCGUGGAGCAGUUCCCGCGCGUGCUGGAGUUCCUGUGGUCCCUGCGCGCCGCCGCCCCCGGCCUGGUUAGCUACCGACACCACGAGCGCCUGUGUAUGGGCCUCAAGGCCAAGGUGGUGGUGGAGAUGAUCCUGGAGGGCCAACCCUGGGCCCAGGUCCUGAAUGCACUGAAUCGCCACUUUCCAGAGUCUGCAGCGAGAAAACGAGACGUGAAGAUCCUGGAGGCAAGGGAAACUUUUUGCCGGUAUGUGAAGCAACUGUCAGAGGCCUCUCUGGAUUUGGCCUCGAGUCUCCAGGAACUUGAACAGGAGUACGGGGAACCCUUUCUGGCUGCCAUGGAAAAGUUGUUUUUUGAAUACUUAUGUCAGCUAGAAAAAGCACUGCCUACAGUACGACCACAACAGCUUCAGGAUGUUCUAAGUUGGAUGCAGCCUGGAGUUUCUAUCACCAAUUCUCUUGCUUUGCACCAGUAUGGUGUGGACAUGGGGUGGCCAUGGCCACUUCCAGAGAACUCUGUUUCUGACCCAGUGAACCUGACAGACCCCAUGGAACAGACUCAUCAACAACCACAGCCGGCAGCCCACAGUCCACUGCGGAAAGCUAUACCUGGUCUUUGUGGACCAGCCUCAGGGAAGUAUCCAGAACCUUUAGCUGGCCAACACUUCAAUCUGGCCCCUCUGGGACGGCGUAGAAUCCAGUCCCGAUGGACAUCUGCAAAGGAAGGCCAUAAAGGGCGGCCUAUGGUCAUGCUGUUUCCCUUUAGGAAUUGGAGCUCAUCAGCCGAGGCCGUAUCUAAACCUGAAAGCAGGGACGAGUGUGGAAUACACACAGCAGGUUCUGUGGUCACAAAAGCAGUAGCGACUGGGAAGUGUGAGAGCCCGUCUCAAAUCCUGGGGAAAAGAGUGUUAGAGGAGAACUCAGCUGACCUACCUGCCUCCAAGCAAAAGGAGAACUGCACGGAUCCUCUAAGACUAUCGUUAUCGCCUCCUAGAGCCAAGAAACCAGCGCAGUCUCCAUCUCAGUGUAGCUCCGUCAUUACCAUAGGAGACUUGGUUUUGGACUCUGAGGAGGAGGAAGAUAACCAGAGGGAAGGAACGAAAGUGUCUCUGGAAAACUAUCAGAAGACAAAGUUUGACACCCUGAUCCCCACGUUCUGUGACUACAUCCCCAGUAUCCUGCCCAUUCCCUCCUAUGACUGCAUAAACAGCUCUAGAGCCCUGUGACAGCACUGGAUUGCCCUCUGUCCAUCUGCCUCCACAGCUCUGCAAAUAGUUAAGUGGAAAUGAAGUGGAAGCCCAGACUUUAGUUGCCCGGGUAUAUUACUAAAAGCUUUGAAAUGGUUGAAAAUUAAACCUUGGAUUUGUUAUGAAUACACUGUCUGAUGGGAGGAAAGGGAAUGAAGACUUCAUAGGUCUGCGUAGGUCAUUCCUCAGAAACAUAACCAGCCUCUCUAGAGCUGGAUAAAUACCUUUUUCCUUUUUCCUUCCUCUGUAAAGGGUUGCUCAGAAGUACCUAGGAGGGAUAUAGUUGAGAGCCUGGAAGAGAAACUGUCCUUAGGCUAUUCUGACACUGCCCCUAAUGCCACAAUACAGAUAACUUUCAUGCUAGUUA